UCGCGACAGUGCUGCCAGAUUUUGCAACUUUAAGUCAACAAAUUCAACGCGCUUUAUUAAUGUUUUUAUUAUCGCUGCUAAGGCAAACGAAUACAGCAAAAUGCUAAGCCCAUAAAAGCAUUUCAACGUUAAUUUUCGGUUCCACGCAAUUUUUUAAAACUACUUUUGUUCCAUGAACAAUCGAGACGCGGAUGCGAGAUACGCGCUGAUGCUGAUAGACAUGCUGUUUGGGGGGGAACACGAAGAAGAGUAUCAGGAUUUAAUGAUUUCGGAUGAGGAGACCGAUUCUGAGUAUGCAGAAGAGCACGGAGAUUUUGAAACUGAUCCUGAAGAAAGUGAUACUGAGCCGGCAGAACCUGAGCCAGCAGAUCCUGAUGAAACUGAUGUCGAAGAAACUGAUACUGAAGAUGCCAAUCCUGAACCAGCGCAAGCAGAACCUGAGCCAGCAGAACCAGAGCAAGCAGAACCUGAGCCAGCAGAACCUGAGCAAGCAGAGCCUGCUCAAGCAGAACCCGAGCCAACAGGCGAGCCAGAGCCGCCACUUCCUGAUGAAGAAGAUGAGGUUGUUCUGCUGGAACCAGCUGCUGAGCGACCCACAACGUCUCGCAGAGCACAGCUGCAACAGAGUAACAUAAUAAAUCUUGACUCGCCAUCACCACCAAAGAAACGCAAGCGUCUAUCCAACGUGGCCAGCACUGGAAUGGGAACGCCGGUAGCCAAGCCACCGUCGAACGACGAAGAGGACGACGGCAUGACGUGUCCCAUAUGCCUGGAGUCGUGGGAGAUGAGUGGAGAACAUCGUCUGGUAUCACUGCGCUGCGGUCAUCUGUUUGGCGAGUCCUGCAUACGACGCUGGCUCAUCGAGAGUCAACGGCAGUCGGCGGUUAAGGUGUGCCCGCAGUGCAAGACAAAGGCCGCCAAUCGGGACAUACGCUGCCUUUAUGCGAAGCGACUGCGGGCCAUUGAUCGCACCGAGGAGCACGACAUGCGCAGGGAGCUGGAUGCAGAGCGUCGCCGCGCCCAGGCGCUGACCACCGAACUGGCAACAGUCAAGAUGUCACAUUCCCUAACCGUCAGCAAGCUGAACGAACUGCAGCUGGAUUACGAGCGGCUGCGCCAGGUGGUGCGCGCGGGCGGCGGCUGUCGCGGCGCCUUUGGCGACAAUAUAGGCAGUGGCGGGGGCACACUGAAGAGCCUCAACCACUUGACCAGCCAUCGACUAUACAUGGAAAAGAACUUUGAGAUAACACGAGAUCCCGGCUGCCGCGUACUGCUCUACUCGGCUCAGCACUCCACGCUGGUUGCGUCCCAGAAGAGCGCACAGGUUCUGUUCCCCGGCUAUGGAGUGCGCUUCAUCGAUUCGCCCAGCUUCAAGCCGCUGCACUUUCUGCACACCUCGUCCUUGCUGGUGCGCGAUAUUGGCUUCAGCGACAGCCAGCAUCUGUUGACCGUGGCCAGUCGGGAGACGCGCAUUAAAACUUUCGACAUACGCACCCGGGUGUGCAGCAGCGUGUUCACGGCCAAUGACAAGCCGCUGUGGUCCUGCGGCGUGGACCGCAAUGAGCGUGAGCACUUUCUAUAUGCGGGCGACCUGCGCGGUGGUGUCUAUGUGUUCGACAUGCGCUUCCCGGAGACGAUCCUCAGCGAGUUUCCAUCUGAGGAAAACUUUAGUCCUGUGAUAAACGUAGCUGCCGUGCCCGCGGGCAAGGUGUUCAGCAAUGGGGGCUUUCUUGUCUGCCAGCUGACCAUAGUGAAAUUCUAUGAGUAUGCCAAUGAUACGGCCCUGCCCACGCGCCUCAACGUGGAUGGUCCCUUCCUGUCCAUGCAUUAUGAUGUGGUGCAGGACACGGUGCUCUUCUCGGCACGCUCCAAUGCCCAGUGUACGCAGUCGCGCUUUAUACUCGCCAAGUUGGACAAAAUAGAUGGCAUUCCAGUGCUCCAGGUUAAGGCCACAAUAUUUGGCUCAACUGCCACGCCCUAUAUGACACGACCCACACAAAUGGGCGUGGAAGAUAAUACGCUGGUCAUUGGCUACUUGCAGGACAACAAGCAGCUGAUAAUGUACGAUGUGCGGCGCGAGGAACGUGUCCAAACGAUACCCGUCAACGAGGUGGUCUACGACAUCUGUCCAGUGGGCACGCCGGCUGGCUACUACCUGGCCGCCCUGACGGACAACAAAUGUCGCAUCUACAAGGUCAACAGCAGCAGGAACUGAGAUUCGAAUGUGUUCUUGACCAUGCAAAGACUGUGACAAUUCGGCUGCGUACUGUGUACCGAUAAUUAGUUAGUAACUAGUUGUUAGUUAAAACAUUUAAGAGUUAUGUUUCAUUGUGGCUUUUUAUUUAAACAUUCUCAUGCUCGCUUCGCACGCACACAGAAAAACUUGAAAUAUAAAUGUAUCCUUCUUUAUUAUUCGAUCAUCUGUACACAUAUCAUGACCAUAAUGUUAAAUUCUUUAUGUUUGAAGAUCUCUUUUUUGAUUUCAGUGUUUCAUCAAUUUUGUGUGUUUUAAAGUUUUUUCUUUUAUUUAAUGUGCGGUCUUUAAGCUUCGGCAAUUACAUGUACGAUUAACUACACAUUUAAAUCAUUUUGAUAUUUGAGUAUAUUUUGAAAAACAAAAUGAUUAUAAUAAAAAACAUUAGUGGAAAUAUUCAGCGUUUUAUCAAACACACAAUUUAUAAACAUUCUAUAUGUUUAUACAUAGACUCUAGUUUUACAUAAGUUGAUCAAUGUUUGAUUAAUAUACAUUUAAAGCUAUA